AUGACGAAAGAGUCCAAGAUUCAUUUACACUUACUCUCCGAUACGCUAGAGUUUGCAGCGCGUCUCGUGGCCCACUUCCCCAACCAUUACAUCUUCCCAGCAUUUACAUCUAUGUGUUGUGGUGCUGGGGUGUUAUCAGGGUGGAAAUGUCGAAACCCGUCAACGUCUAAUCCCGUAGGAGAGGACCGUAAACUGAAGACACUUUCCCCAUUUACAGUCGAGAAAAGUAUCCAGGCGAAAUCUUCGCCGAUUAUCCUUUGA